CUGCUCUGUUUUACUUCUUCAUCUAUUUAUUCUGGAGUUUCUUUUCUGUUGGAUUUACCUCACUGAGGUUCUCUGAUCUCACUGAGGUUCUCUGAUCUUUGUAAACACUCAUGAACUUUAGCUGAGGACUAAACAGCAAAGAAGAUUAAAGAAGCCACUGCUUUAUAACAGCUGAUUAUUUUAUUGAUCUCUGGAUUGAUUUCAUGUCCCGGAGGAAUUAAAAGUUUGAUCAAUCCCACUGAAUCUGGGAGAGAAGAGUGAGGUGAUAGAACUAUAGCACGGUGGGUGGGGCUUCAGGACGGCACCAUGCUCUCAUUGGACGAGCCACUGGACCUUAAAAUCUCCUCGAGCUGUGACAGGGCGAGCAGAACAUCUAUCUGUGCCCCACUGCAAAUCGCCCGGACACGAGUAUUACGUCCGAUAUGCAGCUCGGACACUGACAGUGACAGAGUGGACUCUCCCACCUCGACCCCGGACCUGAGUGUUUGUUCCUCGUCGCCUUCCUCACCUCAAAACUCCUCAUCCAGCUGCAGUCCUCCACCUCUGGACAGGGAUUCAGAGAUCAUCACUUACCAGCAUGGUGGAGCUUCUUCUCCUCCAUCUCUCCCUCCAGGGUUCCAGAUGUACCUGCCAUACAGCAGAGGGCUUCACCCCUCUAGAUCCAGACCAGCAGCUCGACCUUGGGAGGGACUGGAUCCUUCUGAACCAGUGGAGGAACAGCUCAUGUGUCGCUGGUUCAGGUGCCACCUGCUGUUUGAACGGCUGCAGGAUUUGGUGGAUCAUGUUACCGAGUGUCAUGUUAAAGUAGAGAGGAGUUCGGGGUACCGCUGCCGCUGGGAGGAGUGCACACGCAAGGGGCGCGGCUUCAACGCCAGGUACAAGAUGAUGAUCCACAUCCGCACUCACACCAAUGAAAAACCUCAUCAGUGUUCAACCUGCAGCAAGAGCUUCUCUCGCCUGGAGAACCUGAAAAUACACACACGCUCUCACACAGGAGAGAAGCCGUACGUGUGUCCGUACGAGGGCUGUGGGAAGCGCUACUCCAACUCCAGCGACCGCUUCAAACACACACGCACACACUACGAGGAUCGACCCUACUGCUGCAAAAUGACCGGCUGUCCCAAACGCUACACCGACCCCAGCUCCCUCCGCAAACACAUCAAAGCACACGGGCACCAGGCCGUCUCACCGGGGCCGGAGCGGCACAUGGCAGGAGCGGAACCUUCAUCUCCACUCUCCACUCCUCUGCUCCCCGGGGCGGCGCUGGCACUCCUGCACACCCACGCUGCUGCUGCAUCUCCUCUUGACCUGUCCAUGCACGUACGGCCAGCAGGGGGUCACGGGCGGGGCAGGACGACCCUCCUUCACCCGGUUCUGCUUCCCACACUCAGGCACAGGGCUGUAAAAGAUGGAGAUGAUAAUGAGGAGGGUGGGGAGAUUAAUGCAAGGUUCACAGCUCCAUCCUGGGUGUUUCUGUCCCACUGGGCAUGACCAUGCUGACACAGGAUUGGUCAGAUAAACACGGGUCAUGUGAUUAGCCACAUGAUCUACGUCUGGUACGAAGAUUAAAUGUCUUUAUUUUUUCUUUUUGUAUCUGAAGGCUGUUUAUUUAAAAAAACUACAAUAUGA